AAGAAAAUUAAAGCAGUCCGAUAUGUGUGCAUUGGCCCCUUUUCCUACCCCAAACUGGCCUUUAUUCAAUCCCAUCGGCCAUGAACUUAACUAUAUCUAUCAAGACCCUGAUACCAUAGGCUCAUUCCCUCGGUUCUCUCCUCAAUCCCCAUGCUUCACUCCAGCCAGCUUCGACCCCUUCACGGCCAAGAAGCUUAACCACAACGCUUGCGAGCGCGAACGAAGGAAGAAGGUCAACGGUUUGUAUUCGUCCCUCCGGUCGUUGCUGCCGGUGGCCAAACGAAUGAAGAAGUUGAGCUUUCCGGCCACGGUUUCGUAUGCGGUGAAAUACAUACAGGAACUGCAGGAGGAGUUGGAGAGAUUGGUUCAGAAGAAGGAGGAGCUUUUGUUGAGGAUUACUCAGCUGGGUGGGACUAAAUGUUUUAGCGAUGAAGGAGAGGAAAGAAGCAGCAGAAAUGGGAGAUUUUUAAGUGGCGUUGCGGUUUCCGUGAAUCGGCUUAGCGAUAGUGAAGCUGCGGUUCAGAUGUCAAUAAACAGAGAUGAAGUUGAGAAAACUCAACUGUCUGAGAUUUUGCAUCUCUUGGAGCAACGAGGGUUCCUCCUAUUGGGUGCUUCUUCUUUCUCGUCAUUCGGAGGGAUGAUCUUCUAUAUCAUUCACCUUCAGGUGGAACCGGGAACGACUUACCAAUUAACGGAAUCAGAUAUUGAGGCAGUGAGGAAGAAGGUCUUGACAUUAAUUGUGUGACAGAUAAUAGAGAAGGGUUGCUACUCCAUAAUUAAUCUCUAGUUAUAUCCCUAACUAAAUGUAAAUGACUACUUUUAUGCAAUUAAUUGAAGGGAAUUUUGUUCUCUUUAUAUGAUCUUAAUUGGGGGUAAGGCUAAGG